UGGUGCAAAUAUAACUAUCAUGCCUCGUGUCAUUGAAAAUUGCCAAAAGCUUUCAUAAAUAUGAACAAACACAACAUUCUCAAAUAUUUGUGUUCUUCCUAUCAUUGUAUUGUCAAAAUUGACGGGCGCGGCAACGCGCGCCAUCAUGAUCUAGUGGGUAAGGAGAUGGAGGCAGGAAGCCGAAGAGAUUACCCUUUCCCUUCACUUCACUGUCUUUUUCUACUACAGUGGUUGUGAAGGUUGGAUCCAGAGGUGGGGGUCGUCAAAGAGGCUGGAUCAUACACGUCGAUGGUCAAUGAGGUGUUAGCGCCCCUCUUGUGGCCCCAUGCAGCCUUUGAGGGGCUCUUUGAGGCUUUGAGCUACUAUAGCAGCGAUCCGAGGCAGAUCCAGAUGCCAGAGUAGCCAGGAAUACACAUGUGGCAGAGAUCACAGCUCUUGUUUGACUGUGUAAUACUUCCUCCAUUUCACAAAUGUUGGCGUAUUUUUUCGUUAAGACAAGACCUUGUACUGAUGUAUCAAUAAAAUAUUGAUCAAAUCCUUGUCUUAACGAAACAAAAUACGCCAAUCUUUAUGGAAAAGAGGAAGUAGGAUGGAAGACAGCAAGAGCGAGCAUAAACUGUAGGAAUUUGUAGUGUAGCAGUUGCUACAGCAAGUUACAAAAUCUGGUUGCAGUAUAUGUAGGUUAUAAGUCUAACAAUACCGAAAACCAUCACAUCAACAUCCAAUGGUAUAUAAUCCCGCGGACAGCAAUCUAGGACGACUAAAAUCUAGCAAGACCUGAAAAUAUUGCUCCCUCCAUCUCAUAUUAAGUGACUCAAAUUUGCCCAAAUAUGGAUGUCUUUAUAACCAAAAAGCGUCUAGAUACAUACAUGUAAUAUUUCGUCACUUAAUAUGGGAGUAUUGUUUUCAAUCUUUUUAUGCAUUAUUAUGUACGUGCAUCACUUUGCAUUAAUUAAUUAUUGCUGUUAACUGGUACAUUGCAUCAGGGUAUUUGAUGUCUUUCUGAACGAAAAGUUAAGCAAUAUUUGGUUUGCCUACAAAGGCUUAUUCACUACUGCAGCCUACAGCAGCAUAUUGCAAUUAGAGGCACCGGACAAUUGCCGCGGCGCUGGUCAGACGGCUUAUUACAUCAUAUGGGGUCUUAUUGGUUUGGCGAAGGCAGUAGCUCAAAUAUUGCUGUUCGUCAUUAUAUUGCUUCCUCUUGUGGGUCUGUAUAUGCUUGGGCUGUACAUCAGUAAGCGCUUUCCCUGUGGCGUCUAAUACAGCAUGAUUACGGCAAUACGAGGGAUGGAGGCGCAAACCUGAAGCCGGCACUGGAAGUCUUGUACUCGCUAGCUUUGGACAGUCAAAUCGAUGCAGUAUGGGAAUACCUGCGCGAAACCAGAAUUGGAUGCGAGAAGGACCCAUCAUUCGCCAGAGGGAGGAAUUUUGCCACAUAUGCCGUGGACCUGAUUGAGUCUAGGUCACCUGUCAGCUACCUCUCCGGGCUCAAGAUUAUGAACGAGCUGGUUAAUUCGUCCAAGCACAAAAUGCUGACCAAACAGCUGAUUGGGUUGGCAUCCUCCAACCACGUGCUCCAGAAGCUGCUUGGCACGCUGGAUUCCGGAAGCCCGUAUGAUGAAGGCAUGAAAGAGUGUGCCGCGAGCAUAGUGGGAAAACUUGUCGUUGACGGAGAUAUCCGCUUGGAUCAGUUCCCGGGAGGGAUUCACUGCAUAUCUUCCAUGCUCAACACCUCUCAGCUGCUGCGGGUCGGCCGGCUUAUCCUUUGGUGUCUCUCCGUGCAAGAGCGCAACUGGAGAGUCAUGAGCAACACCCAAGGUUUUCUUUCUAGUAUCAUGGCGCCUCUAGGCACCGACAGAUUUCACCAAACAGACGAGUGUUAUCAAUUGCUCGAGAUAGCAGCCCUCGUAAGCCAUCACUGCUCCUGGAAAGACCGGCAAGAAGGCCCGGCGUGAAAUAUCAACCUCCAGUGAAGCAACUUGCGCCAUGGAGAGUGUACUGAAGUGCGACAGGUGCAGGAGAGGAUGGAGGCACACACUAGCAGUGGACAUCCUCACCGAUGUAUCCUUGGAUAAAUCAACCAAGGAAAAGUUCAUCGACUCCUUUGAGGAUGAGAAGGAAGAGAACUACAUUAAGAUCCUCGCAAGUAACUUUGCUCAUGACAAGAACAAGAAGCACAUCAUUAUCAGAGAAUUGACUGGCCAAAAACUGGCAGAGCUAUCCCUCAAAAGCAAAAUCACUGCCACAAUUAUCUUGUCGGCAAACGAUGAUGUUGCCAGUGAUCUUUGUGCCAUACUCCUACAUGUUGCCAGAAACAACUCAUGCAGAACGAGUGCAGCAGAAAUCCUGAAGCAUCUAUGCAGUCAUUACACCAAGGACCAGGAAUGCUUUGACAGACUGAAGAAAGCCUUGACCGAUGCCAUGCCAAAGGUGCUGACAAAAUUGCUUAGCUAUGGGUCCACGGUAGAACUAGAAACAGGAAUCGAAGCAGAUAACAAUCGGUUCUCGGCACCCGAUAUCGACAUAGAAACAGGUCGUGCUGCACAAGAUAGUACCAGCAAGGAUAUCUCUUCUCCCGGUGAGCUAAAGUGUAACCAAGAUGAGGACAGGAAACUGAAGGAAGCAUUGCUAUCACUGUGUUUAAUGGUAUCCGAGAUAUUGACCACUGAAGAUCCAGAUCUGGCACGUCAACUAGAUGAGAUCGCCGCUUCGGUAUGUUUUGACACAGUGAUUCCUGUCACGACUUUCGCAUCCAUCAUGAAGGACGCACAGGAACUUCUCAACAAAAAGAAGCAAGCACAAGAUUCUGAAAUUGUACCAGCUAGUUAACUCCUCAAGGAAAAAAAACUGAUUGAGUAAACACCUACAUAUUUUUCUACCUUCUGUUCUUUUUAUUUUUGCAAGGGAACCACGUCUUCAUAUACAUUGGUCAUUAAUCAUGUAUCCUCUUCUGAUAUGUGUUCGUGUGUUGUGAGGCCAUGAAUAAUAUAGUAUGAGAGAUUUUACGGUGCCUUUUAAGUUUUAACUAGUAGGAGAUAGGAGAGGGAGGCAGCCUCAAACAUGGACAUGGAAAGCCUGGACUCAUUGUGCAUGGCUUGUGAGAACAUGUUUCUUCUUGACGUCUCGAUGGUUUUUCACUGAAUAAAUGAUCAUUUCCACAAAUGUCCUACAAAACUGGGUCAAUCGUCCUUUCCUCAAAAAAGGAAAAAAAAGGUUGUCAAUGCUGACACCUAAAUGAUAUGUGUGCGCGAGCAGAUUUGUUCAAGAACUGUGACUCACUCGGAUUCAUAUAUUUCCAUAGCCAAAAAUGAAUAUAUAGUAUAUUGUACAUGUAGUUGACCACA